UGUUGUUUACAGCUGCACCUGGUCCCAAGUCCCAAAAAUUUUUGAAUCGACUCAGAGUCGAUUCCGGGAGUGCGUGUGCUGCGUGUACUGCUUUGACACUUAUCCUUAAAAUACUUAGUACUUGGGACAACGUUUUGUUCAUUAGACCGGUGUAAUUAGUGUAAGGGGCAAAAUGAACCAUAGCCCUAUGCCAAAAUCGUUUUCAUAGUAAGGAAUCGACUCUUCAGGUUUAGUGUCGAAUCUUGAUUUCCAGUAACUGGGAACGAAGUGUCGGAUCUUUUGUUGUUUGACUCCCACCCCUAGCAUGAGUGCGCGGAGGUAGUUAGAUGUACAACGAGCACUGCUCUGUGUCGGAUGUACCCGUUAAUUAACCAGUAUCCUCGGGUAGUCUCUGUCCUCUGUCUCGUUACCUGUCCCAUGUCUCUGUAGCAGCCGGGACACAGGGGCCGGUGGAGCCAUGCUCGGAAUCCGUGUGUGUGCGUUGUUUUCGUGGGCGCUGCUGCUGUAUGUCGGAUCUUUUGCACAUCGAGGAGCCUCGCAUUUAUUUACAGAUGAGAUCCCUUUCAAAAUCAACUGGCCUGGAGAGCAUUUCACCCUGCCAACAUCCGGGGCCCUUUAUGAAGAUGAUGACUUCCUCAUUAUGACCACGGCAGACAAGGAGAAGUACAAGUGUCUACUGCCUUCUUUGUCGAAGGGAGAUGAGGAUAAGGAUAAGGAGUAUACAGGACACAGUCCGGCUGUUCUACUCGCACCAUUAUUCAAACAGAGCAGCUGCUCAUACAGGAUUGAGUCUUACUGGUCCUACGAGGUGUGCCAUGGUAAACAUGUCCGCCAAUAUCAUGAGGAAAAGGAGACCGGUCAGAAAGUGAGCUUACAGGAGUAUUUCCUGGGAACCAUGACCACCACGCACGGUGAUUCUUCAGCAGAAACAGAACCUAAUAAUGAAACCGAUGAAAGACCAGACACCAACACUGAGGUGCCAUCUAAGAAUAUUGAAGGCCAGCUGACUCCUUAUUUCCCAGUUGAGAUGGGCAAUGGGACCCCAUGUGUGUUGAAACAGAAUAAGCCUCGUUCUACCUCAGUGCUGUACGUGUGUCAUCCAGAGGCAAAACACGAGAUCCUUUCUAUUGCCGAAGUGACAACCUGCGAGUAUGAGGUGGUGGUGCUCACACCACUGCUCUGUGCUCACCCUAAAUAUAGGUUUAAGACAUCGCCUGUGAAUGCCAUCUUUUGUCAGGCGCUGACAGGCUCUCCACUUCGACCCCACAGCCUUUCUCAACUCGACCAGAAGCAGGAGGAGCUACUCAGGCCACCCUUUAGCCCUCCCCCUGAUCGAGAGGAGGACACAUCACCUGUGCGAGAGGAGGCUUUUACUUCUACCCACAAACCCAUGGCAGUAGGUGGACAAACCCAGGUGACGGUGGGCACUACACACAUAUCUCGCCUGACUGAUGAGCAGCUGAUAAAGGAAUUCCUGAGUGGCUCGUAUUGUCUACAUGGGGGUGUGGGAUGGUGGAAAUAUGAAUUCUGCUAUGGAAAACAUGUUCAUCAGUAUCAUGAGGAUAAAGAACAUGGGAAGAGUAUCGUAGUGGUGGGCAGCUGGAAUCACGCAGAGCAUCUAGAGUGGGCCACGAAGAACGUGGCACGUACCUACCAGUUUAAAGACGAGGGAACCCAGAAAGUGAAGGUGGUGUCUCACUUUUAUGGCCAUGGAGAUAUGUGUGACCUCACAGGGAAGCCAAGACAGGUCAUUGUGAAGCUCAAGUGUAAGGAAUCUGAGUCCCCUCAUGCUGUGGUUGUGUAUCUCUUGGAACCCCAGACCUGCCAAUAUAUUCUUGGGGUUGAGUCUCCAGUGAUCUGUAAGGUACUGGACACAGCUGAUGAGAAUGGCCUUCUAUCCCUCCCUGUCUAAAAUUUAAAAAAGACUCACGAAAAAAACAUUUUGUAGAAAAGGAAGAAUAUAAUUUUUUGGAGUGAAAUGUGUAAGGAGCUUGGAGUGCUUCUGAGUACACAGGAGUUCCUCAUUAUCCCUUUAAGAACACUCAGAAUGUGCUCUAGACUGAGAUCUGGAUGAUGUUCGUCCUGUGUUGCAGCAGGUAUGUUGUUGAAAAUAUGUUCACUCUGGAACUGGCAGAUGUGGAGCUGUUUCAUUUCCUGAUCUGCUGCGGAAUCUCUCUCUGAUUUUGUAACCAUUUGGCACAUUAAUUAAUGACUGCACAUGAUUUCUUUUUGUUUUAAUUUGAUGCAAUAGUUUCUGUAGGGUAUUGUGUUGGGUUGUUUUAAUAGUUUAUUUAUUUCUGUUAACCACAUGCUUGCUGUUUCAAGCAUUAAAUUUCAUUUGAACUAAAGAAAGUA